AUGAGUUGGGCUAUAAAAUCACUAACUGGGGAGCAUAAACAGUGUGGUAGACUAGAGGUGAACCCCAUAGUGACCACCAAAUGGUUAGUGAAGAAGUUGUUGCCAGAGAUUGAAGCAAACCUAGAUGUUCCUGUAGAAACAUUGCAGAAUGUGACUCAAAAAAUGUUUAGGCUACAAGUUAACAAGAGGCUAUUCUACAAGGUUAAGGCAGUGGCUAAGGAGAUUAUCCAUGGGAGUUUUAGUGAGUCAUAUGCCCUUCUACCUAGGUAUGCAGAGAUGAUCAAAGAGACUAAUCCUGGUAGUUAUGCAUUGAUCACAUGGCAUAAUGAUGGUGGGAAUGUGGACCCAAGGUUUAAGGCUUGCUUCUUCUCAUUUGGUGCACAAGUAAGGGGGUUCCUGAAGGGGUGUAGGCCUAUUAUUGGAAUUGAUGGAGCUCACCUUAGUGGGUAUUUCAAGGGGAUUCUGCUGUCAGCCUUGGGGAUUGAUGGCAACAAUGAGAUAUUCUUGCUUGCUUAUGGGGUUGUUGACACUGAAAGCCAAGAGAGCUGGACCUAUUUCAUGAGGAACCUCAGGGCACUGUUUCAGAGAGAAGGCUGCAACAAGGAUGACUGGACAUUCAUCAGUGACAGAAUGAGGGGGGUGGAUUUAGCUGUACAUGAGAACUUCCCUAAGGCCACUAGAAGGUGUUGCAGUCAGCACUUGUACAUGAACUGCAAGAAUAGUGGUUGGAGUGGAGACUUGUUCCACAAACUAUUCUGGAUAGCUGCUAAUGCUUACAACCCCUAUGUGUACAACAAGGCCAUGGAGAAGAUCACUGACUUUGAUCCCAGGGCUACACGGUACUUGGAUACAUGUACUGAGCAGUGGUCCAGACAUCAGUUUGAGCCAGAAGUGUGUUCUAUUAGGGAGUGGUCUAUGCAGAGAAUUGGGGUCAGAUUUGACAAAGCAGCAGACAUGGAGCCUCAAGACUUAACUAAGCAUGCCAAAGUUGAACUGGAGUUGAGAACAGCUGAAUCCAGGUUUUGCUACUCUACUCCAUGUGGUGGUGGGGAGUAUGAGGUGAGGGAAGGCCAUGUGAAAUUCCCAGUCAAGAUUGACAGCAGAACCUGUGGGUGUGGAGUUUGGCAGGUGUCUGGUAUUCCCUGCAAACAUGGUUUGAGGGUCAUUUACAACCAGAGACUAGACCCUCUGGACUUUGUGUCCCAUUUCUUCAAGGGUGUUGCUUAUAAGCUGGCAUAUGCAGAACAUAUGCACCCUAUGCCUGACCCUACUCAGUGGCCUGAGUUCAACCUUCCCACCAUUAACCCUCCUGGAAUUAAGAGGACUGCUGGAAGACCCCCUAAACAAAGAAAGAGGGUGUAA